CGCCAGGGGGCGCUGGGGGAGGGUGGAGGGGCGCUGCCUCCCCCUGUCCCUGUGGCCCCCCCUGUCCCCACCACAGAACCAGGCUGGGGGGGACCCUUCUUCUGCCCCAUGUUUGGUCAAGGUGGGCACAUGCCUGACAGAUCCCCAAGAAAUGCGGGGGCUGGCCAACCCCAGCCCUGCGCUUUGGGCACGUGCCAAAUUAGGCCUGCUCCCCACUAGGACUGCUGACCCUCCCUGGGUGGUGAAAUCGAGGUUGACCUCCCGGUGACUAUGGAGAGCAGUCCGGGAGAUGGAUGUCGGGGAGGGGUUGAACAGUACAAUUCACGACCUGACGUCUCGUCAGGGAAAAAAAAUCUCCCAUAAUAGCUUCGGUCAGAGUUGGGAACCCAACCUCCCCGUGGGAGGCAGCGGGUUUAAUCGAAGACCAGAUCCCGGCGGAAACUCGGCUUCCUGACGGCGCUGGAGAGGAGAAGGGGGAAGAAACCCCACUGUAGCAGCGUAGCAUUGGCAUCGCGGAUGGGAGGAGAGUGGCCGCCCUUUCCGGCUCCAGAGACGCCGGCAGAGGACCUUGGAGCCGCCCCAAUCGUCGAUCACGUCCCGUCUGAGUGACAAAGGGUUUCAGAUGAAUGAGGACUCGGUUGUUUUGGAGAGGUGCUUACCCACUGACGGAAGUGACGCUCCUUGUGUGCUGUACCUGCACUGCGAUCCUCGGGGCCGUGAGGAAAUCACUUGCGUUGGGGUUCUCAGUGAGGCAAGAAACAUGGAAGUGUACGUGGGAGAAGAGUACUGCGGGACAAGCAGGGGAGAGCACGUCUGCACUGUCCAGGGCGGCAGUAAAAGUGAUGGGAUUACUUUAUACAAAAAGUAUCUUAAAUUGGAGUGUCCCACAGCCGCUUGUAGAAUUAAGCUGGUUUCUAUUGGUGAAAAACAGACAGUACUCAUCAGUAAAAUUGUAGUAAAGGUGAGAAAAGCUUCUUCAAAACCAGCAGAUUUUCCUUCACUAGGAUCAAGCAUAGAUCUAAACAGAGUGCAAAUGAUAAUGGAAUCCAUGGGCUCAAAGUUAUCUCCAGGUGCUCAGCAGCUGAUGGAUAUGGUUAAAUGUCAGCAGAAGAACAGUUUGUCUCUUGGAGACAAACUCCAGUGUAUCUUGGGAAACAAGAAACCUGUUUUUGGAGACAUUGGUACAAUAGGGGGAUUGAACAAUACAUCUGCUUCAAGAUCAUUAGACCAGUCAUCCAAUGGACCCUGUCCUCUUAACAGUUAUUUGACAGCUGAAACAGUUUCUGAAGAGUUAAAAAGACAAGUUGACCUGAAUGCACAGGGACCCAGCAGAAAGAAUACCUCUGAUCUUGGAGAACUUAAAAGGGCCCAGCAGAGCAUUCUUCUUCCUGGGAGAGAUUGUACAAUCAUGGGGUCUUCAAUAAUACCAGAUCAAGCAAGUGAAGUCCUAAAUAUGCCUAGUUCUGGGCUGCUGCUUCCUUUUCUUCAGAAUUUAUGUGGCCAAGUAAGUCACCUUCGGUUAGAAGAUAGGAAUAAGCACUUUGAGAAGAGCACAACAGUUAAAGAAGAAGGCAUUCAAAAUGUCAGACUGGAGCAGCAGCCUAUUUGUUCAUAUUUGGAAAAGAUCAUCUCCAAAAAUAUGGACCUGAUGGAGAAAAAACUAAUGGAUUAUAUUGAUCUCCGGAUUCAGAACCUUCAGGAACACAUAGAUAAUAAAAUUGUUCUCUUAGUAGACUUGGUUCAGAACUCAAAAUCAAACAAAGUCUCACAGGAACACUAUGACUCUGGAGAAGGAUUCUCAAAUGGAGAGAGAUAGUCUUUGAAAGAUAGAAGACCUUAAAAGUACUUCUCAAGGGCAACUUUUGUGAUAAGCUUAUUAUUAUACAUAUGUCACUAUAAAAUAUCUCAAUGUUUUUUGUUUGCCUUUGUUACUGUAACUCUGCCCGGUAUUGUACACAGCUGUUAUUAUUAUAAAAGAUCUAAUCGUAAAGAAUAUUGGUAUUUUUUCAUACUUGUAAAAAUUGUGUAUGUCUUUUUUUGGCUUAUUUAUUUUAAAAGUAUUGUUAAAUAUCACCUCUAGUACACCUUGUCAGCCUCGGCAUGAAUUAUGAAAGAUGCGCUCCAAAUAAAGCGAGUUGCAUCUUUUCUAUUUA